AAAAAACAUACAAUUAUAAAAAAAAAGUGACACACACGCCAUAAUGUAAAUUGCUUCUGGAUUUGGCGUUUGUUAAAAAAUUACAAUUUCGUGUUAAAUAGUUGAUAUUUUAAUGGAUAAAUACGGCAUAUAAAAUGUCCAACGUUAAUAUUGGCUAAGGCUUAUUGCAAUGGCUCAAUAUUAUCAGAUAGUUGGACAAGCCGGUCGCACGACACUUACUCUUGAAGAUCUACAAAGAUAUUGUCCUAACAUUUGCUUGGUUAAUCAAGAUGAUCAGCAGUAUUCUCAACAACAGGUGGUGGUCCAGCCAGCAGAUCAGCCUAAUGAUAUAAUAGUAAGCGAAGGAGUCCAACCUCAACUAGUUGUGGGCGAUGGCGGCCUGCAAUACCAGCAGCAGUACAUCAUCCGCCAUGACCCUCCACCACCGCCCCCGCCUACGGACUUCCAACAACAACAGCAGCAACAACAGCACCAGCAGGCGUUGCACAGACAAGUUUACUACACAUCUGAUUUACCAGUGGAUGCUCAGGUUGUCUUGCAACAGGCUCAGCAAAUCAUUGACGCAUCUAUGAUGCAACAGUCCUCUCCACAACACCCUCAACAUCUGGUGAGCCCCGCUCAUGUGCUGUCUCAGCCGACGGUGAUACACCCGGCGCAGCAGCCGCCGCCGCAGCCCCCGCCCCCUCCGCCGCCGCAACAUGCUCCGCAGCCGCCGCAACAACAACAAAUGCCGCGGGCAGCCACGCAGCAAUCCCAACUUAUGCAGCAACUGCAGCAGCACCAGCACAACAUACACAUGCAGCAGUUGCAGCAACAGCAAUUGCAGCAGCAUUUGCAACAGCAGCAGCAACAGCAUCAGCAGCAUAUUCCGCAGCAGCAAAUUCAGCAUCAGCAAGUUGUGAUGCACGCGGCGUAUAUUAACCAAGCUGGUACACCAACUCGCCAAGCGCCCCCAAAGCUCCUCAACCAAGCGCUAAGCAGCCCGGGCUCUGUGACCCUCGUACGGACGCCAGUGCGGACCGUACGGCCGCGGCGGCCCGCCGUGCGCCCGCCCAUGCCCAACCCACAGAUGCAGACACGUCUGCUGAACCCCCAACACCAGCAGGUGGGUACUGUGGGUUCGGUGACGCUGCCGGUGCGGCCGCCCGCGUCCGUUCCGCAGAUGCAGACGCGGCUUCUUAAUCCCCAGCAGGGUGUAGGCAGCGUGACGCUAGGCGGCGCUAGCGCGCUGCGCGUGAGCACGCCACGCGCGACGGCGCGGGCGCCGGGCGUCGCGGGCGGCGUGCGCGCCGAGCCGCGCCUGCUCAACCCUCACGCGCAACAACACCGCCCGCCACGACCGCGCACUCCCAUCAACCAGCAGCAGCCGCACCAGCAACACCAGCUUUCCCCACACGUGAACCAACUUGUGAACCAACAGCAGGCUAUGAACCAGCAACAAGUUCACCAGCAACAACAACAGUUUAAUCAACUAAAGCUCACCCAACAAGUAAGUAUUCACACUAAGGUCAUUGCGGAGAAGUCCAACAUAUAUACACACAUACGCCUCCAUCCACGGCUAUGCACUGGCUCCUAUUUCAAAACUUUUCUAUUCCAGCAACAACUACUUAACCAGCAAAAUCAAAGUCAAGCGACGCGGAUCAUAACCCAACAAGGAACGAUCGUGACGCAAGGAAACCAGCCUAUGAUGCAGCACAACGUUGUCCAACAACCAAACCAGAAUGGUCCCAUGCAGAACACCCUCACUGUGAUACCUCAGCGUUCCUCCCCGCACCCACAACAGCAGCAACAGUCGAAGAAAGUCAUCGUCCAACCCAACAAUGCUAAUGACAUGGAUGAUCUCGAAGAGAGCAUAACAGCCGCUAUACUAACGAAACACACCGUCAACGAACCUACUAUACCCCAGCAGUACCAUUCACCAUCACCGCAGAUACGACCGCCGCAGGCUUCAACGCAUCAGCAAAUGAGCUACAGUCCGCAGUUGGGCUAUCAGCAGCCGAUGUCAUACGAGCAGCAGCCGCACACGCACCAGGUCCUGAUGGACACGGACGCGGAGGACGAGCGGCAGCUGCUGACGCUGUCUACUGGGCAGAGGAUGACGUUGGCGGAGUACAAGCGGAUCCACCAGCCCGGCAUGCGGGUGCCGGGGGCGCAGCCUCAACUGCAACAACCUAGGGAUAAUGGCCGCCAAACGCUGGUGCGUAGCAAAGAGCAGCAACGGCCUGUGCAACGUGUUCCUCCUAUGCAAUCACAACAAGUGCCUCAGCAUGAUAACAAUGAGCCACCAAGUGGACCGUCAGAGCAGUCAUCAGAACCUCAGUCAGCAAAAAUGUUGAUAUUCCUACAAAAUGGUGAACAGAGACUUAUCACAUUCACACUGCCAAAAGAAAGUUGUACGCUUCAAGAGGUUUUAGAACAGGUGAAUGUUCCAUUUUCCGAAGAUACUCAUAUACAAUGUAUGCAAAACACAAGCAGCGAGAUUGAUUACUUUGUGUCAGUUGGCUCGACUUCCAGAAUUGAAGACUUGCUGGAGAACCAUCCGAUGCUAGUUGGCGAUAUGAGCAGUCGAAGCUCGCCUAAUGUGUCUUUGCAACCUCAAAGCAGCGAAAUGUCUACCCCAGAAAAGUCUUCAUGCCCUGAAACUGCGAGUCAAAGCCCAGAAUCUCCGGCGCACACGCCGCCGCCGCGCUACGUGGACGGCAUGCUCGCGCUCUGCAAGACUUGCGGCUACACGGGAUUUGACUUCAGUCGCUGCGAAAGAUGUAAAAGAGUAUUUACUGAAGAACCUAAAAGUGUACCAAUAGCAAGUAAGAAAGUAGAACAAAAGAAAAAGGACCCCGAGAAAUUAAUUUUAGAAAAACAAAACUGUGGCGAUGGAAUAAAAUUAAACUUAUUAAAGACUACAGUGAAGAAUUUAAAUAGUAAAACGCCUGUUCAAGACAAAAAGCCACCCAGAGUGAGAAAGCCUAGAGGGAAACAACCAGAUCCGGAACCUGUUAUACUGACAUUAAGCUCUGACGAAGAAGAUUCCAAUAGUUCUCUUCUCGGCAACCAGCAUGAACAUUCCAUAAUGAUGAAGGAACCCUCUAUGAGCGAGAUUGAAAGUGGCACACCUGACAGCGGCAUUGGGGUGGAUCACAUGGACGAUGCCAGCAGGGACGAGAUGAGCCAGAGCUCCAUACAAGAUGCGAUUGCAUCUCUUACAUGCCGCACCAUCAGGAUUGGCUCAUAUAAAUAUACUCCAAAAGAAAAGGUCACUAUCUCAUCCAAAGGAGUUAAAAUUGUUGCACCCUCACUUAAAGAUGAAUCCCGAGAUGUGGCACUUCAAAUUCCGCUGAAAGAGGUCGUGAGAUUAUUAGCACAUUUCUCUAAAGGUGUACCUGUCAUUUUCUUGUAUACUGUUAACAAGUGUGGGAUUUAUAUAAGAAGAGCUCUUGACAUGGUGGAUGAAUCAGGUCCAUAUUAUAAUCCUAUGUCAAAAAUCGAUCCCCAAAGAAGAAUAACAUUGUUGCCGGACUGUAUAACAGAUGAAGCAAAGUCAGCAUUUAAAAUAUUGUUCGGCAAAACUAUGGACGAACUGAAUGGUCGAGAGGCUAAUGAUAUUUUGGUCAGAACAUGUACGAAAGAAGGCAACAACAGCGUUACGAAGAUGGCCACGCGGUCGACGAGUGCUUCCAGUACUAGUGGAGCUAAAAGCUCUGGCCCUACAGAUAUAAGACAAAUAUUAAUAUAUCCACCUGGGAAAGGUGGUAUACCUAUCAAUACAGAAGACUAUAUGUGCCUAGCCCAAGACCAAUUCUUAAAUGACGUGAUAAUAGACUUCUAUUUAAAAUAUUUAGUUCAUGAUGUCCUCACACACAUACAGAGAGAAAAGACUCAUAUAUUUAGUACUUUCUUUUACAAAAGACUAACUACAAAACCGAGUAAAGUUAACAAAAGUUCGAACCCCCACGAGUGGGACAGCAGUCUGACGCCGGCGCAAAAGAGACACGCGCGAGUCAAGACGUGGACUAAGAACGUCAAUAUAUUUGAAAAAGACUUCAUCGUAGUUCCUAUUAAUGAGAAUUGUCAUUGGUUUGUGGCUAUAAUAUGUUUUCCCACUAUUGAGGGAUGCCGAAGUAUGAUAGACAACCGGACGGUUACGCCGCAGGAGAUUAAAAAAAGAGAACGGCGGUCGUCUAUGCAGAUAGGCAACACCACGAUAACACCGCUGACCAAACAGGAGCAGCUUACAUUAAGUUGCGACUCGGACAAUCUCAGCGAGCGAGACGAGGCUGAAGCAGAGGAGAGUGACUUGGACAUGCAGUGCGAUUCCGACGAGGAGGAGGCCGAGGCGGCCGCGCCAGAGAAGAAGGUAGAGGCGCCGCCGGCGACCCAAACGGAACCUAUUAAGCAACCCUGUAUACUAAUCUUCGAUUCCCUCGCCGGAGCGUCCAGGUCAAGAGUGGUGGCUACCUUGCGAGAUUACUUGACCUGUGAAUAUCAAGCAAAGCUCUCGGCUACGAAAGUAUUUAACAAAGAUAACAUUAAAGGAAGCUGUCCCAAAAUCCCGCAACAAAACAAUUUCACCGAUUGCGGGCUCUAUCUGCUGCAAUACGUGGAACAGUUCUUCAAGGAUCCAGUAAAAGACUACGCGCUGCCGAUCAAACAGUUGGCGAAUUGGUUCGACGAAAUCGUAGUGACGCGGAAGCGAGAAGAAAUAUCCUUGUUGCUGAAGGCGCUCAUGAACCGCUUCAACCCGGACUCGCAUUUGACGCUGCCCGACAUUGCAUUCCCUACUCUCAACGGUAAAUUGGUCGAAAAUGAAGAACACCAAGAUGAAUCAGACGGAGAUAAAGCGAAUUCCAGCACAAGCAAAAUCAUCAAAACAGAACUAAAGGAGUCGGAGGGCGGAACAAUGCUCACAUUCGUCAAACAAAUAUCGGGUGACAUCCUACUUAAGCCCAACUUCUCGGAUGCUGCUGACGCGUUGCUUCGCAAAACCAUCAGGAUCUCCAGUGACGCAGAGAACAGACUCCAACUCAAGCCGGGGUUCAUUAAAAAGGGUGACAAUGAAAAUCAAAUUCUGAUUCCUAUAAAGCUCCACUCUAGUAGUGAAUUAGUUAAAGACAUUCAAAAUACGUUACUAGUUAAUAAGAAUAAUAAAAGUAUGGGUGAUAAAAAACAUGGUGUAAAUAAUCAAAAUGUAUCCAGUGUGCACUUCAGACAGACCGUGAGUGAAAGUGACGGCAAUUCAUUCCUAAAGACGCGGCGGAUCAACAAACUUGACGACGUCAACGAAUCCAGCAAAAAAUUCAAACGGAAUGAGUGCUAAUUGUUGCCUGUCCAUAAUUAUACCAUAUCUAUUAAAUUAUUAUUAAUUUAAUAAUGUGUAAAGUUGUUACAUGGACACUGUAAAUAUUAGUUAAUAAUUAAUAUGUAUUAAAUUUACUGUAUUUUAUAAUGUAAAGAUUUAAAAUUAACUUAUGUAAUGUAAUUAUAUUAGUUUCCACAAAAUAUAAACCAGGAGGUUAAGUUA